AUGAAUCUGAUAGAUAUGGUACCUAUAAUAGAAUAAAAGUAAAUGAAUGAAAAAAGGAUAAAAGGAAAAAGAAGGGAGGAUUAAGAUAUAAAUUCAAAGGCCAAAAAAUUAAUUAAUAGGAAUCGAAGGAAUCAAAAUAAAAAGAGUCAAUUAAAGUUAAAAUACAAAAAAAUUAAAAAAGAAAGAAAACAAAAUUUUCAUAAAGACAUUAAUAUUUAUCAAAAAUGGCUAAGACUUCAACUUCUCCUGUUGCUCCCACCAGACUCUGGGUUAAGGCUGCUUUCACUGGUUUCAGAAGAUCCAAGCACACCUAAAACUCCAACCAAGCUCUCCUUAAGCUCUAAAACGUCAACACCAAGGAAGAUGUUGCUUUCUAUCAAGGAAAGAGAGUUGUUUACAUUUACAAGGGUCAAAAGAAGAACGGUUCUAACUACAGAACCAUCUGGGGUAGAAUUGGUAAGGCUCACGGUAACAACGGUGUUGCUGUUGCUAGAUUUGCUCACAACCUCCCCCCUCAAGCUAUUGGUUCCGUCCUUAGAGUUAUGCUCUAUCCUAACAGAGCUUGAGCUUGAUAUUAAAAAUAUAAAUUUCCUACUUUAAUUAUGA